AUGGCAUCCAAUAGUCAAGCCAACGAAGCCAAGAGCCAAGACGUCCGGAGUGCCGAACACCAAGAUCAAGACUCCGCAGUUUCUGUGACUAAUGAAGAUGAUCUCGACCUGCUGAAGCUUGGCUAUCGCUCCGUGUUGGCGCGGAGCUGGGGAUCCUUCGAUAACUUCGCCUGCUCCUUCUCGGCCCUCAAUGUCAUUGGAGGCAUCCGUGUCUUGUUCUACAUUGCUCUCAGUGGAGGUGGACCAGCUGCCAUAUGGAGCUCCUGGGUCUCCGGUAGUAUUCUGUCCGUGAUCACCGCCGCGUGUCUCGCCGAAGCGUGCUCGAGCUACCCUGCCGCGGGUUCAAUUUACUAUUGGGCAUUCCGAUCUUGGGGAGGUGGUUCAGUGGGACGUUUCAUCUCGUUCCUGGUUGCUGCGUGGACACUGGUUGCAUGGACUGCCUUCCUGGCUAGUGACUCGUUCGGUGUUGCCAACUAUCUCAUUUCGGAGGUGGUCGUCUUCGACCCGCACACUAGCUUCCCAUAUGAGACCUCCGAUGUGCGCGCGCGUGCGGUGGCAUGGGCAUUUUCCCUUCUCUUCUUGGGAAUUGCAACAUCGCUGAACUUCCUGCCUCCGCGCAUGUAUUCGUGGGUAUUCCGCGCGGGGGUCACAGUAAUUACCAUCGACAUGCUGCUCAACUUCAUCUGGUUACCUAUCGGCGUGUCGAGAACAUACGGGUUCCAGUCGGCUGAGUAUGUGUUCACAUCCCAAUACAAUGGCGGUGAUACCAGUUCCGGAUUGAAUUGGGUUCUUUCCUGGUUCAUGGUCGGCAGUUGUCUUGUUGGACAGGAUGCAUCGGGCCACGUCGCUGAGGAGACCGUUUCGGCCAAGAAGGCAGCUGCCAAGGGAAUCUUCUGGGCCACAGUUGCGUCUGCGCUGUGUGGUUUCCCGAUCAUCAUCCUUUUCCUGUUUUGCAUGCCCCCCAUCGAGACAUUCUACAGCACCACCGCGCCGCAGCCCUUUAUCAAUAUGUACGCAAUGGCGCUCGGUCCCCACGCUCAUGUGGUUGCGACUAUUGUCGCAAUGAUUGGAGCCAUUCUCAACACCUCGAUCUCUCUCGUUGCUGUCUCGCGACUUGUCUUCGCCGUUGCCCGCGAUGGAGUUUUCCCUUUCAGCGAUGUGCUGUCGCGUGUUUCGAAAUCGAAGCAACCUCACAACGCUGUGAUCUUCAUUUCCACCAUUGCAGCGCUUCUGCUGUGUACCCAAUUGCCGUCCCAGGUCGCCUUCUCCAGUCUCAUCUCCACCUCGGCUGCGGGCUCGCUCGCGGCGUAUGGUCUGGUUGGGAUCGGUCGUGCUUUCAUUACGCGCAAGUCUUUCCGUCCUGGGUUCUGGGACAUGGGCCGCUUUGGUGUGGCAGCUGCCGUGGUCACAUUCCUGUGGAAUGGAUUCGCAUUCGCCGUUCUCUGUGCCCCAACAUACUCGAAUAGUGAGAUCGACCAAGACUCUAGCCUUUUCAACUACGCGAUUGUUAUCAUGGGUGGUGUCACCAUCCUUGCAAUCGCUGAGUGGUGGCGCAAGUCUAACGACGAUUGGUUCACGCACCUCAAGAUCGUCGAUUCGGAUACCGAAACCAUCCAAACCGGCCGUGGGGAGAAGCUUGAGCCCUCCACCGCCGCGGUUUAG